AUGGCUGAUUUUAUGGAAAAGCUCGAGGACAUGAUUCGCUCCCUCAACAAGAAAAUGGCCCGCUUUAACAAGAACAAGGGAAUAAUCGAUGAGGUGAAAGCAAUCUCAGCCCUUGUCCGAGCCCAAAAUCUCAAACUGGAAAAGGAGGCGGCCAAACUGCCGACUGAGGCAGUUACUGAUCUAGAGCCGUCGGAAAUCCCAAAACUGUUUUCUCUCAAACGCGAUGAGCCCACCGAUCAAGAACUUUGGCCGACAGACGAUGAAAAAGUCUCACUUCCCAGUUAUCUUGAAAGCCUUCUAGCAGAUUAUGAGCUUGCAACUGGCGACUCACCCCCUAACGAAGCCUUGUUACGAUCUCGAAUUGAUGUCAUCGUGCUGAGCACGCUUGCUAAGAUGAAACUAGAAUCGGUGUCUAACCCCCGUCUUUCUAUCGGAUCUGUCCUCUCUACAGACACCAUAAAAUCCCUGCAUCUUCAAUUUGAACGGAGUAUCAAACGUCCAUGGCAGACCAAGGACAAGAGAUUUCUACUUUCCGGCGUGGUAGACUAUUCUCUCUGGUUCGGAACACCACAAGAUUACGAAACAAACCUCGUAAUGGUUCAAGCAAAAAAAGCUGAGUUUCUGAAGGGCGGCGUGCUUCAGUGCUUAGCAUAUAUGGGUAUGAUUCAUCAUGCAAGAAAAACUUCAAAGAUGCAUGAUACAUCUGUGUACGGCGUUGUCACCGAUAGCUUUGACUGGGAGUUUAUUCACAUCCGAGCGAAUGGCCAGAGUGCAGCAGGUUCCUCAACCCAAUCUCAGCGUAAUCGAUGGCGCCAAGGUUCCGAAAUCGAUUUCACAACUGAGUUGGAGAAAUUCCCAAAGUCGCCAAAGACGUAG